AGUUAACACGGCUGUGAAAAAAGCGGUUCAUCGUCGACGACGCACCAGCACUCGACAUCAACCGUCUCUUCACCAUGACUCAAGGCAACACAGCAACACGUGACUGGCUCACGGAAUGGCAGAAGAUCGCGGCAACGCCCGAUCUUGACUUACCAUUUCCGCAUCUGCGCCGUGAGUUCUACAACAGGUCAUGCGCUGCAUUGAGCCAGGCACUUGGUGAUCGCGAGCAGUAUGCAACCUUCGCUGAGAUCAUUCACAAGGCGAGGGAGAUCAUCAAGACCACCAGGGCGGCUGCACACGAGAAGUCAACGUGGCAACCAACCUAUGUGGAGAAAGUGAGAACUGGUUCGCGACAGCAGCAGUUCGUUGCAGUCCAAUCGGACAACACUAUGGAAGACCCGGCAGCCACCCAAGCGUCACGUGAGGGAGAUCAGGUGGCUGCUGUGUGGAGAAGAUUCGACCGCCUUGCUAGCGGCCUCCUACACAUCUGGGAGGAUGUGAAUGUCGUAAGCUCUCGGUAUGCUUACGAGGACUAUGCUGUCCACUUGGUCCCACCACUGGACCAACCGCUCCACGUGCAACAAUCUACCGCAUGCACGGUUUCAUCACCAUCGGCAACCGAUUCGGUAGCUUCGUCGCCGUCUACCGUCGGGGAUUCAACGUCAUGGUUAAGACUUGAAGAGCUCGACCCGUUGACAUUUGCGGACUUCCAAUGGAUGCCCCUUCCCCGRUCCGGUCGAUUGCCGAAACCGCAUUGCAACGUGCUCAAGGCACAAUUGCGGGAUUACUUGCACACUGCAGUACCGACUCCGUUGAUGGACGCCGGAGAAGAGGUUGUAGACCUUCACGCCUACAUUGCGAAGAUCGACCGCGAAUUCAAGACGCAACGGUACGACGACAUCAACGCACCAUUGCUAUACGUACGCAUUCAGAUCGGAAAGGCGACCUGCAGCGCUUUGAUCGAUUGCGGAGCAUCUCGCAACUACAUGAGUCAGGACUUCAUGGUACACGUCGGCCUUGGCCCACGAGUCCGAAGGAAGUCCCAACCCACGCAAGCCACGUUGGCAGACGGUCACACGCACAAGUCAAUCGACCGGUGCAUUGACGACGUCCCAGUGUGCUUUGCCCCUCACGUAAGUGAGGCGGUGUCCUUUGACAUUCUGAACACCAAAUUCAACAUGAUCUUGGGCAUCUCAUGGUUGCGAAGCGAGGAUCACCCGGUGAACUUCUACCGCCGCACCGUUCACGUUCGUGAUCAGAACGGAGUACUAGUCCCAUGCACGGUAGCUCCUCCUCACCCUUCAGUCAAUUGUCACGUGGUAUCCGCCGCAAGCAUGCGAGCUUCCAUCAUCAGAGACGACAUCGAGGAAAUAGGGGUGUGUUUUUUCCACGCCCUCCCGCCCCAUGACGCUUCAUCGACGGACUCUUCUUCGGAUCCACGCAUCACCGAGCUUCUCGAUGCCUACGGCGACGUGUUCGAAGGCCCGCACGGAGUCGUACCGGAUCGGCCCAUCCGCCACGAGAUCAUCCUCGAGUACGGGGUCGUACCUCCGUGCGGUUGUGUGCUUCGGGCACAACUCGACGACCUUCUGGAGAAAGGCUGGAUUCGGCCUAGCUCAUCGUCAUACGGUGCUCUUGUUCUCUUCGUUCGGAAGAAGAACAAGGAUUUGCGGUUGUGCAUCGAUCAUCGCAAGCUCAACGCGCAGACGAUCAGAAACGUCGGCCCUCUCCUACGCAUCGACGACCUUCUCGAACGACUGGGCGGCGCCAAGUUCUUCUCCAAGCUCGAUCUCAAGUCAGGAUAUCACCAACUCGAGAUUCGGCAGGAGGACCGCUACAAGACCGCCCAAGUACAAAGUCAACCGCGACAAGUGCGAAUUCGCGCGGCAGGAGUUGUGGAGUACUUGGGACAUUAUGUGACGCCGCAAGGCAUCCGUCCGCUUGCGGACAAGAUCGAGGCCCUACGAGUAUGGCCCGAGCCCACCAACACCACGGACGUUCGUUCAUUCAUGGGAUUGGCGGGCUACUAUCAGCGAUUCAUCACCGGAUACUCGAAGAUUGCUGCACCUAUGACGAGAUUACAAUCGCCAAAGGUGCCAUUCGUAUUCGAUGACGACGCACGCCGGUCAUUCCAAGCACUUGAGACGUCUAUGCUCAUGGCACCCGUCCUUAGCAUCUAUGACCCCACCCUGCCUACGACAAUGAUGACUGACGCUUUCGGCUAUGGCAUUGGGGCAGUCUUGGAGCAACACGACGGCGACGACUGGCACCCUGUGGAGUAUUUCAGCUACAAAGUGCCUCCCAUCAACUCGCUUGAUGAUGCAAGGAAGAAGGAGUUGCUCGCAUUCGUCAUGGCUCUCAAGCGAUGGCGAAACUUCCUCCUUGGGCGUCCAGAUGCACUCUCGCGAAGACCUGAUCUUUGCGCUAUGACACAUUAUGCCUUCGCAUUUGACGAGGAGCUUCAGCGACACUUUAUCCGGGGAUAUGAGUCUGAUCCGGACUUCGCCACGUUAUAUGCACAGCUAUCUUCGGAUCACCCGCCGACCAACCACUAUCGCAUCGCCGAUGGGUACUUGCUCCUGCACUUGCGGGGUAAGGACUUACUAUGUGUCCCACGCGACCGCUGUCUUCGGACUCACCUCCUCGGCGAGUAUCAUGAUUCGCGACUCGCCGACCAUUUCGGAGUCAACCGCACUAUUGCACGGCUUCGACAGCGAUUCCGAUGGCCCGACCUCAUCACCGAUGUUACGAGGUAUUGCGACUCUUGCGAAGUUUGCCGACGAAGCAAACCCCGCAACCACAACCCCUACGGCGAGUUGCGCCCGAUGCCGAUCCCGCAGGAACCCGGUCUCUCCAUUGCCAUGGACGUCACCGGACCAUUCCCCCGCGACCGACUCGAACACGACGGCAUCCUCACGGUCGUGGACCGAUUGAGUAAGUACGUGCGUUUCCUCCCUUGCAAGUACUACUCUACGGCUCCCGAGUUGGCACGCCUCCUGCACACCGGCUGGAUUUGCGACCAUUGUGUACCGGAAGACAUAGUCAGCGACCGCAAUACUCGGUUCAUGUCGGCAUUUUGGACUGCACUCAUGCAGGAGUCCGGCACGAAGAUGAAGCCAAGUUCGGCUCGGCAUCCACAGACAGACGGGCAGACGGACCGGGCACAUCAAACCGCUCAAAUGAUGCUUCGUACGCUCAUCCGUCCGGACCAAAAAGAUUGGGUUGACCGCCUCCCCAACAUCGAGUUCGCCUACAACACUUCGAUGCACCCGACGAUCGGCGUGACUCCAUUCGAGUUGCACCACGGUGGACGAAAAGGCCGUAUCUUCGCCGACCUUCUCCUCCCACGACCAGCCGACAUCGAUGCCGCUUGCUCACCCGCUUCCGUCCGGAAGUACAGGGAAUUGCUGGCUCAAGCCCGCGUGAAUAUGCAAAAGGCUCAAGUCCGCAUGCAGCAACAAGCCAACAGGCAUCGCGUGCCAUGUCCCAUCCGCGUCGGCGACCUGGUUUGGGUUUCCGCGGAAGAGUGUGCACUGGAACAGGAUGUCUCACGCAAACUGCUUCCCAAAUGGUUUGGACUAUGGCCCGUAACAUCAGCCGCGGGCGAUGAGCCCGAUAGCCUUUCAUUUGUGAUCAACAUCCCCCCACAUUUGAUGGUCCAUCCAGUCUUUCACGCCUCAAAGCUGGCAACAUACACGCCAGCUAAGAGCGACGACUUUCCGGGCCGACGAUCGCAGGACCCUCCUUCUAUGGAUGGUCAUCAGGAAGUUGACCACGUCAUCACCGAUCGCAAGUACGGCAGCAAGCCGCGACAAUACAAAGUUACAUUCAAAGCCUGCAAUCGCGACGACACUCGAUAGAUUUCAGGAGCAGAUUUGAAAGC